AUGUUGAUGGCGCUCGGCGUUGUGCGUUGUGUCGCGUUUGGCGGGCGUUGUCCCCGGUUCCGGCCAUGGCCUUCGGUUGUCCCCGGCUGGAUCGGACCGGAUCGGAUCCGAAUAGGAACUCCGGCGACGAGUUCGUCGUCCACGUUGCUAUUACUGUGUGACGUCUGCCAUCGGCAAACCGCGUCGCUGAGCGACCUGCAGACCUACCCUUGCCUGCACUCGUUCUGUGUGCGGUGCUUGAACAGCCACGAACUACGCUGUUGCCCGAUCUGCCGAACGGCGUUCAACUUCGUGCAGGACAUCGGCGGCCCUGUCCCUGUUCCCCCCACCGGACGUCCGUCCCAGCCUCCGCCUACGUACAAUACUACCUCCUCGCCGGACAACUGCAGCGUCGCCGUCGGCAACAGCUCAUCCUCGUCGUCCUCAGGCUUUAACUGCCAGCGCUAUGUCGAAGAUACGCAGUCGCACCCUCUCUCUACCUCAUCCAGGAUCAUCGACUCCGUGGUGCCUCGCCUCAUACCAGCCGCUGACAACGUGCACUUGGUGAAAGCUACAAAUGGUCAAAAUUCUCAUACCUCCGUUGUUCCACAGCUGUCUUCUUUAAGCAUCUGCUCAUCGUUGCGAAAAAUUGACAUAAGUAAUGUCGUUCUUCCGCUAUUACCUCAUUAUUUACCGCCGAGUACUCGGGUGUGCUGCGCGGAAUACGCUGUAAGCAAGAGCAAGUAUUCAUGCGACGGAUGCAAACAGUUGUUUUGCUUCAAGUGUGCGCCAAGCCACUUCAAAUGCUCGUUCUCUAAGAACCACGGUGGAUGCGGCGGUGUGGAUGGGCUGCUGCAUAACUCGCCGGGCGCGAAAAGCUCGUCCUCCGUUUCGCCGGUGGUGUGCGACGUGUCAGCCUACGCGAGACCCGGUGUCUCUUGUUUGUCCUCGUACUUGAACUGUCUAACAGCGGCGGCAGCUAACGGUUCUGGCUCUGCAUUCGCCGGUGGAUACUGCAGGUAG